AGCUCUUCGAACAUCGUAGAUGACCGAAACGUGCUUAUAAGAGUAAGUGCGCGUCUCAAAGGGAUCAUUCCCACCAGGAUAACCUCGGAGGCUGAUGCCAAGCCACUCGGUGAGCCGAUCGUUCGAUGGCUACAUGCUGGGCAAGGCUAUUGAAUGUUCUACAUUUUAUUCGUUCGUUCCAGUUCCAUCCCUCUCUUUGGCUGUAUCUAAUCCCAAAAGGGUGUGACUACAUGCACAUAUAUAUUGACUAUCCCACGACGGAGCCAUCGUGCAUGGUCGUGUUGUUGACUGCGUACCGGUACGGUAUCGUUGCAGAUGCAAGUAGUGCGUACUGUACAUCAAGCAUUGAGAACCAAUUGCGGCCAUUGAAAGGAUAGAUUGAAACUUUCGUUGGUGGCUCACAAUGAUCCACAACCGGAUGACAGCCAUUUAUUUGCCUUGUGAUCUAUUCCCAACCAACCCCAAACAACAAGGAGAGGUGCAUUUUCUUUCACAUCACACCUACGUAACAAACUAAUGAACGCAAAAGCCACAAGUCUCAAUACUAUUGUUGUAGUGGCUGCUGACGAGAAAAGGAAGGAAGAAAGAAAGGGCUUGGAAUCCAUCAGUCUUCUUGUCGCCGGUAGUUCCGAUCGGUCGUACCACAAACAUCCAACCAUGGCAUUGUACAGUCGAGUAGAGUACUGGAAUGAGCGCUAUCAAAAGUCACGCAACCAACCUCCUUACGAAUGGUACCAGAGUUUCCAUACCUUGUCUCACCUCCUCAACCCCGAAACACUCUCUGGGUGCUCUGUUUCCGCCAGCCACUUGAACUUGAACAACACGCCGGAUAAUGCGGACGACGAUGCUUCUGCAUCCACUACCGCAAUGACCAAUGCUACCAAAGCCAAGGCCUUUCAAUGCUUGCAUCCCAACAAUUGCCGUGUCUUGGUCUUGGGAUGCGGAAACUCUGCCUUUGGUGCCAAUCUUUUCGAAGCGGGAUGGAGAGGCGGCAACCAGUCGGACCGCCAACGCUUUGUCCAGGUGGACUUUUCACCGGUUGUCAUUGACCAAAUGAAGGCACGCUACAAUGACGAAUACUAUCGUGGAGUUCUUGGCAAUACCAACAACAGCAAGGCCCACAUGGAGUUUCUCUGCUGUGACGUCACUCAAGCGCCCUUGCCCUUUGAAAAUGGAUCCUUUGACUUGAUUAUCUGCAAGGGCGUCUUUGAUGCCGUCCUUUGCAGUGCUGGGUCUGUGUUCAACAUUCGGCGCAUGGUCAAGGAAUGCAUUCGCUUGUUGAAUGACGAUGGCGGGGUCUUGAUGGUGGUGACAUAUGGUAACCCGGACAAUCGAGUCGUCUUUUUGGAGGAUGAAGAGGGCGAGCUCGAUACAUACUGGCAAGGUGUCAGUGUCCACACGGUGCCAUCCAUGGUCCGUGGCCGCAAGGGUGGUGGUCACAGUGGAAACAAAAGCGACUUUGUCUAUCUUUGCCGCAAGAAAAGGGGUGCUUGGAAGGAGAGCUACGCUCUCGACACGGUUGCGUCGACAUCUUGCGUCAAUCCUGACGUUGGCACUGCUGCCAGGGGCACAAAGGAUCCAGAGUCGGAGAACCAGGAGGGGGCCAAGAAGGCCCAUUCUGGUGCUACCGCCACGAACAAGAAGGAUACCAAGAUGAGCGGGAAAGGAACCAAGAACGGAACCAAGGCUGCCUAAGAAGGGUUGAACCCUCCCUUUUGCUUACUUGGCAAUCAAUACACGCUGUGUUUCAUAAUACAAUGAAUGUUCGCAGAUGCACACUCAAACACACUCUUGCUGUCCAUGAAACAAACAUCCCUCAUAAUAAUUGAACUACUAGAUAGUGAUUUACAUACAUGUAGUCCUUCCUUACUACGGUAUUCAUAACUAUCAUAUGCCUUUUCAGUUUUGGCCUAAAAUCACUUGGCAUCAGUUUCGUAUCAUCCGCCUCUAGCCAUUGUUGUACAGCCACGUUUCGUUGGACAGUUUUGCUUCCUCUCUCUAUAUAUAUAUAUAUAACUCUCGCAGAUAGAUAGAUAGAUCUCCAGAUCUCUAUUGCAACGUUUGCAGCGCCACUGGUAGGGAGCAUGCUUCCACUUUGCCUCCUGCCGUAACCCGGUGCGACACAAUGACAGGCGGUGCCGCGGCGGAAGGUGCAUACUCGAUCGAAUCGGUGAGCAUCUGGAUCGCCUGUUGUCGUAUAGAGUCGUCGCUGACAUUGGUGUAGACAGUGGCCACCUUGUCACCUGGUUGGACACAAUCUCCAACCGUUUUGUGGAACCACACUCCUGCCGCGAAAUCCACGGCAUCCUUGGCAUCGGUGCGACCAGCUCCCAACUUGACACAUGCUUGUCCUACCAUCAACGCAUGAAUGUUGGAGACUACUGCACUCUCCUCUUGUUGUGGAUUGUAGAGAAUGUCCUGCGUAAAAGUUGCUUGAUUGGGGGGGCAUUCGUCACUUUUCCAAGCGGGACCGAAACCAAGUGGAGCCCCGCCACUGGAUCUGUCACUACAAAACACAGAUUACUAACCAAACCAACAUAAGCAUAAACUAACAUCAUCUCUGUAUCAAGCUCA